UCUCUCUUUUGUAGUGUGGUGUUGGACGUCAGUGCGUAAAGGUGUGGGUGCCUGCUCUCCGCUCUCCUCCCUCACGCUCUCUGAUGUAAGGAUUCUUCAAGACCAACAACAGCCUGAAGGAAGGAAUAAUUCAAUAGCUCCUCUGCAUCGUGUCCUCUCUCGUGCUGGUAGGCGCGGGAUUAAGUGUCAACGGACGAUGGUGCAGCGGGAGGCCUUCGGGAGGAGGAGGAAGACAAGUGCCGCUGCUGUUGGGGUCACCGCCGGCGCUCAACCAUGCGACUGAAGCCGACCUUCAAGACCCUGUUGCUGGCGGCGACGGCGAGCUUCUGCGUCGUGGUCUACAACGUCACUUCAACGCACCGAGAGCUCAGGAAACCCCACGGCCGCGCUGCACACAUCACCGCGAAAGACCUACUCGCCAUUGGGCACUCCGCUGGUGAUGGCAUCGUUAUCCAACCCGCGGACCUCAUCUCCAGCACCUCCCCCCACGCCCUCAACGCCUCCCUGCCCGCCCCGUCCCUCCAGCAGGCGCCCAACAAGUUACAGGAGGCAACAGCGCCACACGCCGGCAGCACAAAGGCGGCCCUACGGCAGGUUAAGGGCACCGUGCCGCCUUGCGAUGAAGAGUGCCGGCAGAAUAGGUUGAGAAGACUGAAGAUGAACCAGAAGAGUAUUUAUGCCGCUAAAGUGCAGGUGGAGAACGUGACGCUGCCGGGGUCGUGGACGGUGACGCGCGAGCUCGUGGACCGCCUUUCGGAGCGCCAGAGACACGUGCAGGAGACCUGCAAGAAGUAUGGGCUGGACAAGGCCUCGAAGGCGUACCAGCCCAACGCAUGGGAGUUCCUCAUCAACAAGGAGCACAACCUGGUCUGGUGCAAUGUAUUCAAGGCUGCCUCCUCCACCUGGUUCUACAACUUCAACCUCCUCGCCGGCUACUCCGAGUACGAGCUCCUCCACACCAAGGAAUCGCCCGUCACCCUGGCCAGGAAGCGCUACAGCAGACCCACCGUGGAUGAGCUGCAGCGGUCCCUGAACACCUCCGAUCCACCUCUGUCCUUCAUGAUCGUGCGACACCCCUUUGAGCGCCUCGUCUCAGGAUACAGAGACAAGAUCCUCUCAGGCAACCGAUACUACAGUAAGCUAUCGAGGUCGGUCGCCAAGAAUUACCGGGGUAUUGCACCGCCCGCCGAGAGCAGAAACUGGCCCAGGUUUGGCUCGAUGGUGGUGGCGUCCUUCCCCCAGUUCGUUCAGUUCCUCCUGGACGAGACCGCCAGAGGGAACAAGCUGGACGAGCACUGGACCCCCAUGACUCCCUUCUGCACGCCCUGCCUGGUGCCCUUCGAUGUGUUCGCCAAGGUUGAGACCCUACAGGAAGACGGAAACUACAUCAUAUUCUCAUCGGGCAUCAAGAACAUCAUCAAGCCCAAGUUGAUCAACCGGUCCCGCAGCGGCCCCACGGAGGAGGUGGCGGACAAGUUCCUGUGCCAGCUGACCAAGGGCCAGAUGGAAGGACUCAUAAACAUGUACAAGCUGGACCUGGAGCUCUUCCAGUAUGACGUGUCUAAAUACCGAGCGUGUGCACAGGACUCUCCCAAGCCGGGCCCCUCCAGCUCAAAGGUUGUCUAGCAGCCAACACAAUCCAAACCAUGCUGUGAUCUCCUCAGCCUUAGACACCAGUGGUGCCGGUGUGGCAGGACAGCCCCCACCAGCCACUGUGUGAUGGACUUAUGUGUAAUGAAACUUUGUUUCUCUUUGACGAAAAUGAAUCGAUCUUGUUUCUGGUUGACACUGAUAUUCCAGAAGGAUAUCUGGCGAGGUGUCUCUCCACCUAUAAUAGUCCUUGUUAUCAUAGUGAGACUCAGCUGCCUGUGCCUAAGUCACUGACAUUGCCUGCCGUGCAGUCAGACACCAAUGGAUAUGUUGACAGGUUUGCUGUGUGCACACACACACACACACACACACACACACA